AAAUAUCCAUCAAUCUUUCUCCUCCUUUCGCCUCCUCCAUCAUCGACGACGAUCCCACCCAAACCCCAACGCCAUGCCUCCCAGGAGGCGCGUCGUCAAAACCGCCCCCAAAACCACCCCCAAAUCCCGAACCAAAACCGUCGCCGCCUCCGAGAGUCCCACCACACCCUCCGCCGAUGCCCCCGCACUCGCCACCCCGCCUCCCUCCGCCAUCGCCUCCGAAACACCUGUCUCCGAGCUCAUCCAGCCUACCCCGGACCCCCCUGCCCCCGAUGCCUCCGUCCUCCAGUCCCCCGAAACCCCCGCUGCCGCUGUCGAGGCCGUAGCGGAACCUUCGGGAACUUCAGCCGACGCCAACCCUUCGAUCGCCGUCGCGGAACCCCAGGCGUCGGUGUCGGAGGAUCCCGUUGAGGCACCUCCGAGGGAGUCUGCGGAGGCAUCUGGAUCUGGCAAGAAGGCAGCUGUCCGGGUGAGGAAGGUUAUCAAGAAGAAAAUUAUUAAGAAAAUCGUCCCAAAGGUGGUUUCUUUAGCGAAGAAGGAUUCGGCUUCGUCGCAAUCGCCGACAGAAACGGCCGACAAAGAAACCCUAGUUACUGAAAUCGGGCCUGGUAACCCUACUUCUGAUGUUGCGGCAGGAGAUGCCAUGCUGGCCGAGAAUAAUGAUCUAGGUAGGGAGAACGAUUCUCAGAGGGAACGUAGUGACGAGAAAAAAGAUGUUCAUGCGGAUCAGGACGCGAAGGAUGAUUUUGCGGAGCAGCAGGAUAAGGAGAAUGGUGCUCAAAGGAAGCAGGAUAAGAAGGAAGGUCACAAUGAAGCAGUAGCGGCUGCUGAGGAUGAGAUGGCUGGGAUGCCCAAACAGCAGGAUAAGGAAAAUGACGCUCAAAGUAAGCAGGAUAAGGAGCAAGAUUACUAUGAGGCAGUGGUGUCGGCCAGGGAUGAGAUGGCUGGGAUGUCAGAUCAGCAGGAUAAGGAGAAUGAUGCCCAAAUGAAGCAGGAUAAGGAGGAAGGUCACAUUGAGGCAGUGAUGGCUUCUGCGGACGAGGUGGCUGGAACGUCUGAUCGAAAGAACAGGAGAAAAACUGAGAUUUUUAUUGGGGGGUUGAGUAGGAUUGCGAAGGAGGAGGAUUUGAGGGAGGUCUUCGGGAAGGUGGGAGAAAUUAUGGAAGUAAGAAUGAUGAUGGAUGGUCAAACAGGGAAGAACAAGGGGUAUGCUUUUUUGAGGUAUAAGGAUCCUGCACAAGCUAAAAAGGCUGUCUCUGAAUUUCCUAAAGUCGAGAUAUGUGGAAAGCUUUGUGGAGCAGCUGCUCUUGAGGGGAAUGAUACUAUAUAUUUGGGAAACAUUGAUAAGAAUUGGAAGAAAGAAGAUGUGUUGAAGGUUUUGCAAGAUAUUGGAAUUGAAAAUAUUGACACGGUCACUGUCAUGCCUGAUCCUCGUAAUGCAGAUGCAAAUCGUGGAUUUGUGUUCCUUGAGCUUGAAACUAACAGAGAUGCACAUAUUGCUUACAAAAAACUUCAGAAAAAGGAUAUUUUUGGAAAAGGUCGGAAUAUUUCUGUUUCUUGGGCUGAGCCGUUAAAUGAUCCUGAUGAUGAGAAAUUGCAAAAGGUGAAAUCUGUAUAUGUUGAGGGCAUUCCAUCUUCAUGGAAUGAGACCAAGUUAAUGGAGUUCUUUGGCAAGUUUGGGGAGAUUGAGCGGGUUGUCCAUUCACGCAAUAUUCACUCAGCUAAGAGAAAAGAUUUUGCUUUUGUUAACUUCACUGCUCGAGAAGCAGCUCUUUCAUGCAUUGAGUUAUUCAAGGAGGAUGUAACUGAGAAUGGCUUUAAGGUGCCUAUUAAAGUAUCACUAGCUAAACCUGUGCAAAAGAGCAAGCAGACAAAAGGGCCUUCAAAAUCUACUAGUACAAACAAGGAAAAGACCCUGCCACUGCAACGUGAGGUGAAGACAAUUGCUUCUUCACACAAGAGAAAUUUUUUCAGAGCAGAUAAUAAUAUUACUGGUGGAGAUAGGAGGACUUCUACUUCCAAUGAACUCCUUCAAGUUUUGAGAGAACAAGCUCAUUGGGAACAUGGACAAGGUGGUUAUGGCAGAGGUCAUAUGGUACAAGAUUAUCCCCAUAUGACUGGAGGAAAACGUCCCUUCUCAUCUCUGGGAGAAGAUGCUUCAUACUCUGACACUAGAGGAUAUCCUCAUCCCCGUCUCAACAGAUCUCUCCCAGUUUCCAGCUUAAGCCAUGGAACGUACCCUUCUGGAGCUGGGCCUUCUCUGCCAUACUAUCCACACACACAUACCAGUUACUUUAGUGCAGGUUCUCAUGCAGUACCCGAGUUUCGUCAAAACUUUCAGAAUCAAGGAGCUCCUCCUAGUGGAAGCAGUAUGUACUCUAGAUAUAGAUAUGGUUGACUGUUUCCUAGCUUUAAAGAUAUUAGCCAUCACAGCACCUCCCAGAGUUUCCCAUUGACGAUGAAAAACUUGGAAGUUCUCCCGCCAUUCUUGAUCGUGCACUGCUUUUACUUGGACUCGCCAAUGAUUUCAGCACAUUAAACUAAUUUAUCUAAUCAACAAUGCUUUUGGUAUCGCAGGACUAUCUAGGAUACUUUUUCCAUAUCCCUAAAGCAUUUGUAGUUGUCAUUUUACUUGUUGAGUUUAAAAUUAGGAUAACUAUUUACUGCAAUGUGCAUGAGCAACCUUGUGUAGUUAAUUUUGGCAGAUGUUAACAAUGUUAAAUUAAAGAUCUAAUCACAAAGUUUAUUAAAGUC